AUGGCGGUGAAUCUGACGAGGAACGCUAUCGCGGCGGUGAUGGGGGGAGACCUCAAUCUGAAGCCUCUGGUUCAGGUUCUGGAUAUCAAAUCCGUCAUCAGCGCUCAGGAGAGGUUUCGCCUUGUGGUCUCCGACGGCGGUUGCACCCAGCAGGCGCUUCUUGCCGCUCAGCUUAACGGUCGCGUCAAGAGCGGGGCCGUGCAGAAGGGAUCCGUGGUUCAAUUGAUCGAGUAUGUCUGCAGCUCCGUCCAGAAUACUCAGUAAGUCUGCUCCUCCAUGUCGAUGUUGAUCUCCAUUUGACGCUUCUUCCUCCCUCCUCCCUUGUGAUUUUCGAUCAUAAACUCUGAAUUGUGAUGUUUUCGGGGGAUGUAAUCGGUGCAGAGUUAUUGUUGUCCUCAAUCUGGAGACGAUAGUCUCCAACUGUGAGAUAAUUGGAAACCCUAGGUAUGAAUCUGAUCCCCACGCUCAGAAUUCUCCGUCUUCUUCCGCCAAUUCUGCGUUCACGAGAGGGGAUUCGUGUAAGGGGGGGCCUUCUGCGUCAGGUUCUCCCCUGAAACCUGCUACUCUCUCAGCAGCGAACCCUGGCAUCAAUGCUCAUACCUUUAAUCCAACUGUGCAACCUUCUUAUAAGCCUCCUCCAAGUUACAAAGCUCGGGGGGCGAUCUUGAAGAACGAAGCUCCUGCUCGGAUUGUUCCGAUUUCUGCGUUGAAUCCUUACCAGGGGAGAUGGGCCAUCAAAGCACGAGUGACCGCGAAGGGAGAUCUCCGCCGCUACAACAACGCCAGGGGGGAUGGGAAGGUGUUCUCCUUCGAUCUCCUCGAUUCCGACGGGGGAGAGAUCCGCGUGACCUGCUUCAAUGCCGCCGCGGAUCGGUUCUUCGAUCGGAUCGAAGCAGGUAAAGUCUAUUUGAUAUCAAGAGGGAGCAUAAAACCUGCGCAGAAGAACUUCAACCACCUGGAUCAUCAGUGGGAGAUCUUACUGGACUCGUCGUCGACGGUGGAUCCCUGCCCGGACGAAGACAGCUCCAUCCCAGAGCAGCAGUUCAAUUUCAGGGAAAUCGAUGAAAUAGAGAGUGCCGAGAACAAUUCCGUUCUGGACCUCAUCGGCAUCGUCACCAGCAUUGGCCCGUCUACGACGAUCUUGAGGAAGAACGGCAUGGAGACCCAGCGGAGGAUCCUCUCUCUGAAGGAUUCCUCCGGGAAAAGCGUUGACCUCACUCUGUGGGGGGAUCUCUGCAACAACGAGGGGAGGAAGCUGGAGGACAUGUGCCACUCGGGGAGCUUCCCUGUUCUUGCCGUCAAGGCGGGGAAGGUGAACGACUUCAGCGGGAAGACGGUGGGUACCAUCUCCUCCACCCGGUUCUUCAUCAACCCCAAUCUCACUGAGGCCCAGAGCUUGAGAGACUGGUUUAAUGGCGGCGGCAAGGCUGCGACCUCCCAGUCCAUCUCGAGAGACGCCAUGCCGGUGCACCUGGAGGGCGAGAUCCGCAAGACGGUGGCGCAGAUCAAGGACGAAGGCCUGGGAAGGGGAGACAAGCCGGACUGGGUCACCCUGAAGGCGACUGUCUCGUUCAUCAAGACUGAUACUUUCUGCUACACGGCAUGCCCGUUAAUGGCGGGCGAGAGACAGUGCGGGAAGAAGGUUACCAGGGCGGGAGAGGGGAGAUGGAGCUGCGAGAGGUGUAACCAGGAGCUCGAGGAAUGCGACUACAGGUAUCUCCUCCAGGUGCAGGUGCAGGAUCACACAGGUUCCACCUGGGUGACUUGCUUCCAGGAGUCUGGGGUGGAGAUUCUGGGGUUCUCGGCGAAACAGAUGUACCUGAUGAAGCAUGUGGAGGAGGACGAGGACAGAUUUGCAGAGAUCAUCCGCCGCUGUCUCUUCGAGCAGUAUUUGUUCAGGCUCAAAGUCAAGGAGGAAGUUCACGGGGACGAGCAGAAACUCAGGAUCACAGUGGUCAAGGCAGAGAAAGUCAACCCGUCCGUCGAGUGCAGAUCUCUACUGGACUGGAUUGCCAAGGCCCCUCUGAAGCAUCGGAAUUAG